AGUCUCAGGCCAUACUUGAUCAUCGUCCACGUCUUGAAGCAGAAGCAGGGAGAAAGAUGAAGACUUUGUCCAUCCUCGUCCUGUGUGCCUUGGCCUCUGUGUGUCUGUACGCAGAAGCUUCAACCUCUGCUGCCUCAAAUUCUGAUUCUCCUGCAGGUGUGUUUGUCGAGAAGGACCAGGCAUCCACUGUGGUGAGGCAGAAGAGAGCUGGUACUGCCCCCGGAGACCUGACUUUGACUCAGCUGGAAAGCCUGAGAGAGGUGUGUGAGCUCAACGAGGCCUGUGACGACAUGAUGGACACCAAUGGAAUCAUCGCUGCCUAUACUGCCUACUAUGGACCAAUCCCCUACUAGACCACACACCAUCAUGUUUUAGUUGUACGAUUUACCAAUGCUUUCCCACUACCAUUUAUGGGAGAUUUAGAGCCUGAGUAAAUCAACAUGAACAAAGUCAUAUUUGAGGUUAGGAAAGCAGAGAGAGAAAAGGUUAAGGAAUGGGAGGGGGGGUAUAAUCAGAUGGGUAGUUACUGCUUCUGCAAACAUAGAAAAGUAGGUUGUUCAACUAAGCCUUGAUCAUCUUUUCUGUUUCUAUUCAAAUAAAUAAAGAUAUCAAAUACA